UUACAAGAAUCUUGCCUUCUGAAAGGGAAAGGAAGGAGGUCAGGUGGGUGAUGUACGCACCCUUCUCUCUUCCCUAACCUGGCCACCACAAAACCAAUGGUUUUAAAGUCAAAAACCAUCCACCAUAAAAUAAAGGGAAUGAAAAAACCCUAAAACUAGUCUUUUAUGUAGAGUUAGUUAUAUGAUCCUCCACCCUAGGAUAUUUAGUGUCCUCUCAUUUGUCAAUAUGUGGAAAUGGGUCCCGCCGACUGGUGAUCCGGGCCGUUGGUUUGAUAGAAAUUAGGGUAGAUGGGCGAGUUGUGGUGAUUUUCCUGAUGGGAGUGAUUGGUGGGAUGUGAAUGAACGGAUGGGAAGGGAAAUUUAGAAAUGGAACACACCCAAGUGGAGAGUAGAGAGGUAUUGAAAUUGGGUGGGGAGGAUGUUUGAGUGUAAGUGGAGUAUAGAGAUGAGAUGGUCGGGUGGAGUUGAUUGGAACGGAAGAAUCGGAUGAAUGGAAUUCUACGAGAAAGGGAGAUGAAAUGCAAGCUCAUGCUCUCAACAACAACUGGCUUUUGGGGCUUAUAACGAAGGAAAUAUAAAUAGCCAAAUGAUGAAAAGGACAAGCUCACAUGAGCCCAACCAGUUAAUUCAUGGGUCCCGUCCUGUAUAAAGCCUCUCUCUCUCUCUCUCUCUCUCUCUCUCUCAUCUUAUCUUCCUCUUUCUCCUUUUCAGCAAAAAUUAUGGGAAGCUUCGAGGGUGCAACAAGAGCUCUAUAUGUGUGUAAAAGGUCAAUAAGAACCUGACUCUUUCUCUCAUCCCUUGUACUCUUGGUCAAACAAGAAGGCUCUCUCUCUCUCUCUCUCUCUCUCUCUCUCUCUCUCUCUCUCUCUCUCUCUCUCUCUCUCUCUCUCUCUCUCUUCUGUGUGUGUGGAUGGAAUUUCUACAAGGGAGAGAAGCGUAUUGUGAGGAGGAAGAGGAAGAGGAAGGAAAGCAUAUGAUGAUGGGAGAUAUGGGCAAGCACCUAUUUCAAUUCUCUCCUUCCUCCUCUCCAUCUCCCUCUUCAUCUUCUUCUCAGUACAAAGGUGUCAUCCCACAGCCAAAUGGGCGGUGGGGUGCACAGAUAUACGACAGCCACCAGCGUGUCUGGCUUGGAACCUUCGAAUCAGAGGAAGAAGCAGCAAGAGCCUAUGAUAACGCAGCCCUCAGGUGUCGUGGCCGUGAUGCGGUCACCAAUUUCAUGGAUUUGUCCGCAAGUAGUACGGACGGUGCGAUUGAGGCUGAAGGCAGCAGCGCAGCUGCCGGCCCCAUCGAGAGAGAGCACAUGUUCGAUAAGGUGGUGACGCCGAGCGAUGUCGGGAAGCUCAAUCGGCUAGUGAUACCAAAGCAGCACGCCGAGAAGUACUUCCCCCUUGAUUCAGCAGCGAAUGAGAAGGGCUUGCUCUUGAAUUUUGAAGACCGGAGUGGGAAGCCGUGGCGGUUUCGCUACUCCUACUGGAACAGCAGCCAAAGCUAUGUAAUGACCAAAGGGUGGAGUCGUUUCGUUAAGGAGAAGAAGCUUGAUGCAGGUGACAUUGUAUCUUUCGAGCGCGGAAUGGGCGAGUUAGGCAGGGACCGUCUCUUCAUCGACUGGAAGCGUAGGCCAGAUGUGGGGAUGGGGUCUGAUCCAUCUUCCUCCCUACUCUCACCCUUCCCCCAUCCUAUGUCCAUGCACCGGUCAGUCCCAUGGGGUCGCUUGUUCUUGACGCCAUCAGUCUCCAUCUCAAUGCCUCCACAGCCCCAACUGCAGCUACAACAACUGAAUUAUGAUCAAAGGACUUACGGUGGGCCGUACGGUUACAAUGUGGUAAACCCAGGGCCAGUUUUUUACCUGAGAUCACCGGGCCCACAGCAGAUGAGGGGAGUGCAACGGGGUGGUGGCGGUGGUGAUAGGGAUAUGAGUGGGCCGAUGGUAUUCGACUCUGUGCCAGUGGUCCAUGGUAAGGCAGUGGCAUCAGGCAAGCGUCUGAGGCUGUUCGGCGUGAACCUUGAGUGCCCCACCACGGAGGGUGCUGAUGAGGAUGUUUUGUCAUCAACGGCGUCGAUGGUACCACAGACAAUGCCCUCAAACUUACUGAAUUCACCUCGGCCUCAGCCUCCAGUUCAAUUAAGGCUCUUCAAUGGCGACCCAACAGUGCCAUCGGAGUCAUUGAGGAAAGGGAAGCAGUCUUUGUCUUUCGAUCUAGAUAGCUGAGAGAGAGAUGUAUCUGGAUUCUCAACAACAUCUCUUUGUUCUUACACACCCAAAUGGCCAAUCCUUUUCCAAACCACCAUGGAUACCGAAUAAGGAUGUUCGACGAAGAUGACGAUCGGACAGAUGGUGGUGUUCAUGGCCUACUUUUCUUUUUCUUUUCUUUUUUUAAUUUUCUUAUUUGAGCAUGGAAAAAUGCAAUAUAGCCAUACAUCAAGGAUGGGUUUUUUUUUUUUUUUUUUGGAUGUUUGAGUUUGAGAGGGUGGCUGCUCCAUUAUAACACUCUUCUUUUUAAGUGUACAUAUCUAUGAGAAAGAUAUAUAGACUCAUGCACUACAUAUGACAUUCUCCAUUUCAAGAGCCUGGAUUUCCCCAAUUGCAUCCAUGCUUUCAUCAA